AUGGCUACCCCGCAGGAACUCGUCCCACAGACCGAAUUUAUCGCUGAGGUCUACGCAACCGACGACACCUCCGCCACUUCAGUUGCUCCAGAGCAUCAGAGACGCUUCGAUGGACUGGUCUCCCAGUUCACCAAGUCCUACGCUCACCGCCCGGAUUUUGUAGCCCGCAGUCCGGGCCGGGUCAACAUCAUUGGCGAACACAUCGACUAUAACCUCUACGAUGUCCUUCCCACCGCGGUGAGCGUCGACGUGAUCAUGGCCGUCAAGGUCAUCCCUUCUGUUGGUUCAGAGUCAACGGUCAAGAUCGCCAACGUGCAGUCGGAGAAGUUCCCGUCGCACGAAUUCACCGUCCCCCGGGACAGGGAUAUUGAGAUUGACCCCAAGAAACACGAAUGGGUCAAUUACUUUAAAGCCGGGUUGCUGGGAGCCUUGAAGUUUUUGCGCAACAAGAACCAGGAUGGAUCAUUUGUUCCUGCCAGCAUGGAGGUCCUAGCGGAUGGCAAUGUGCCUCCGGGAGGUGGUAUCUCGAGCAGUGCAGCGUUCGUUUGCGCGAGUGCUCUGGCGGUCAUGAAGGCCAACAGGCACAAUGUCUCCAAACAGGACUUGCUUGAUCUGGCCGUGGUUUCGGAGCGGGCGGUUGGUGUGUAUUCGGGAGGCAGUAUGGAUCAAGCUGCUUCCAUCUUCUCCCGCCGCGGAUAUCUGCUGUACACCCAGUUCUUCCCGAAUUUCUUUGUCCAGCACGUGCCCAUCCCCAAGGCAGAAGAAGAGAUCACGUUCCUCAUGGCCCAGAGCUUUAUCACGUCCAACAAGGCUGAGACGGCUCCUCGUCACUACAACCUUCGAGUAGCGGAGUGCACCUUGGCCGCGGUGGUUUUGGCCGCCCAGCACUGCUUGACCCUACCCAAGGACAACAGUUCGCUAGGAUACAGCCUGCGGAACUUCCACGAGGAAUUGAUGCGCAAGGAAGGCCGUCUAGGCGAUCCGCUCGAGUACCAGAUCGACUCGGUCAUCCAAACUACCCGGGAACUUCUCACUCAGGAACAAGGAUACACGCGGGAGGAGAUCGCCAAGUUGCUCUCCAUUUCCGUCCCAGAUCUGGAAGCCGAAUACCUCUCUUCAUUCCCUGUCCAAGCGGAGCGCUUCCUUCUGCGCCAGCGAGCUCUGCACUGUUACACCGAGGCUCGCCGCGUGCUGGACUUCAAGGCGUGUCUGGCCAAGGCCCAUACCCUCGACGACAGACGCAUCCGCUAUCUGGGCCAGCUCUUGGACGAGUCUCAGGAAUCCUGCCGCACGGCCUACGAAUGUAGCGUUCCAGAGGUGGACAACAUCUGUGCCAUUGCCCGUCGAGCGGGUUCCUGGGGCAGUCGGCUUACCGGGGCGGGGUGGGGCGGUUGCACCGUCCACAUGCUGCCACAGUCCAAGGUCGAGGCGGUCACUAAGGCCCUGAAGGAAGAGUAUUACCUGAAGCAGUUCCCCGACAUCAGCGAGGAAAAACUGGCCCAGGCUAUGGUCAUUAGCAAGCCUUCUAACGGCUCAUUUAUGGUUAUCGGGGCAGCCAUUGACCAAGUCAAGGUCUAG